AUGGCAAGUGACGGAGUCCUCAAGCGGCAGAAGAAGAAGUCAAUUGCAUGCCGGAGAUGCCACACUCACAAGAUUAAAUGCUCUGGUGGACAGCCGUGCAGCAAGUGUCGGCAAUCCGGUUGUCCUGCCGAAUGUAUCUACGUGAAUCGAGAUCGUCAGAUCAAGGUGCACGAGAGUUACCUGGAUCAGCUUGCUGCUGAGAAUGAACGUCUCCGUGAGCAAUUAUCUCGCUCUCCGGUAUUCGGAAGUCCAGAGGGCAAUAUUCGCUCAGAAGAUACCCCAGUUCUUGGAUCAGAUACGUAUGUACAGAAUCCAAUGCUAGGCGAACGCGCCUGGUUUCAGCCAUAUGAUCCGUCAAAGCCGCCAGUACACAUCGGCGAGGCAGCUUGCACAGCCUUUGCCACACGGCUUCGCCAGGUGCUUUCCAGAAGCAAGACGACAUCUCAUAUGCCAUGCACACGGUAUACGCCGGAGUCAACUUUAAUGAAGAUGCGCAAUACUUCCACACAAUGGCCAAGUCUUGCCCAGGCUCGUCUUCUCAUUCAGAUUGUGUUCAAUCAAGUUAGCCGGGUGUAUCAUCUCGUCCUGCGCAAGUCGACGAUCGAUGAGCUCGAGGAGGUUUAUCGAGAAGCUGAUUUUGAUAAUCCCGUGUUGACAUGCAAGUUCUUUGCAUUGUUUGCGCUUGGAGAGGUAUAUUCGACUCGGUCGAAUGUAUCGCUUGAAUGCGGUGUUCCCGGGGCAGCGUAUUAUGUCCAUGCUAUGAUGUUAAUUCCAAUCUUGCCGGAGAGGCCGAGCUUGACUCACAUUGAAUCAAUAUUGUUAUUGUCCCUCUAUUCAUAUUUUCUCAACCGCCGCCAUUCUGCCUUCCUUCUCGUCGGCAGCGCCAUGCGUCUCGGUCUCACUUUGGGACUAAACCAUGACAUUCCUAAAUGUCAAUGUCCGGAUCCUGUAGAUCAACAACAUCGGAUCCGCCUAUGGUGGGCGAUCUACGUGUUCGACCGGAUAUACGGAUCCAAGGUGGGCUGGCCCAUCCAAAUCGCCGAUGACGAUAUCCAUGUCGAGAUGCCCUCGACCGUCCCUGGGGAUGUCCAUGACGAGCAGUUCUCUGACACGCAGUUCCUGGUUUCUUCUAUUUAUCUAGCCCGUAUAACAGGACAGGUGAUUGAAAAAGUGUACAGUCGCAAGAAGCAGCCCGAUUCGUUUUUACAACGAGAACAGAAACUGCUGAUCUCACUUAAGCAAUGGGCGCAGGCAUUGCCCCCGCAUGUUCGGUUGGAUCGUGAUGGGGCUGGACCCAAGAACGUGGUGUCCCUGCAUUUGCAAUUUAAUCAGUGUAUUAUCUUGGCCACUCGACCUAUCCUGUUAUACACCCUCAUCCAAUCUCGCGAUGCCAACCAUGCCAACCAAAAUACCCCACAGACGCAAAUUCAGAUCCUCAAAACACUGAGUGACGCAUGCAUUCAUGCUGCAAGGUACAAUCACUCCCUGAUCGUAGCCGAGUGGACCAACGGCUCUCUCCCGAUUAUGGGCUAUUUCUAUGCCCACUAUCUUUUCUCCGCGGCACUGGUCAUGGUUCUAUCAAGUCAAAUCCUUUCAGAAAAUCAGAGCGACUACGCAUUAUUCGAGACUGCAUUUGAAAUUCUCCGUGCAAUGCGCGCCCACGGCAACUUAGCCGCGACCGAGUUUUACGAUAACCUAGAGUGUGUUCAACAAUGUCUCGACAAGACUCAGCCCCCUCACGUCAUACCGAGCGCAAAACGUGGCUCAAACGCGGGCAACCCUCUUCCUGGUGAAUCAAGUCAGAUUCAGGAUCAGCACCCAAACGAUGCGCUGCCCGUGCUCACUGGCCAGGCUGCCCAACGAGCGAGUGAAGUGGGUCUAUCCGGUGGAUUGGCGCUGCCUGGCACGAACAGUGGUGCUUCGGGGACAUUUGGUAAUGAGAUGGUAUUUUUAGAUGAGAGUAUGGAACAAUUUCUGGCGCAACCGGAUGUUGAUUUUGGGCCAUUGGAUCUGUCUGGAGUGCAGAUCGGCGUGGCAGACGCGGUGUACUCGUGGCCCAAUUUUUCGCUGUGGACGGCAUGA